GAUAUUAGAGCGUAUUAGAGGGGGAAAUCUCCCAACAAUAACUUUUUUACCAAACCUUUGCAUACUCCUUUUUUUUUAUUCCUCAAUUUUUUUAAAGCUCUCUUUUCUAAUUCUGAUUCUUACUUUCAUUUCCUAGAGGAACUCCAGGAGAGCAUCUAGUAAGCAAAGAACAACAACAUCCGAUUUCCUAAGCUUGGGGAACCAUCUGAAUUUCAUGGGCUGUUUCCAACAAUACCGCUUCUCCAGAAAAAUAAAUAAGCCAAGAUCCAUAAUUUGUGUGAAGCUAUCGCAUCCUAGUUGGCGAUCCGACACGUCUAAAGCGUCAGUGAUACACAGAAGUGGCAGCAAAGGAGAAAAAAAAAAGGAAUAUUGGUAAAAGUGGCAAAAUUGGUAUCCGAGGGAGGUUCGGUGGUAGCUUUGGCAGUUCACCAUGUUUGACCGUCUACGAAGUUCCUCAAAGGAUCAGGGCGCGCCGUCCUUGGACAGGAAGAAGCUCGAAGCCUGGCAGAAAUCCCGUUCACGCAGCAUAAAGGGAGGCGACUCGUAUUACUCAUAUUCUAUUAGAGGAGGAGCUCCUCCUCCCCCGAGACCACCGAUAGAGCCUGUCUAUCCUACCGAACAUCAGCAGAAUCAGCAAAACCUCCAACCAGCACCCCCCGUACAAGCGCCGAACCAACAUCGCAAUUCGAGCUACCUACGACCUGUAUCGUCAAUCUACUCCCAGCCUUCGCCAGCUGCUGCUACCUUUGCCGCGCAACAGCUGAGAGUCGAGGUCCCGACUUAUAAUCCAACUAAUAAUACGACUCACGAUCCGAACGAGGUUUCCCCACCGAGUUCCCCUGAUGUGUUUUCGCCCCAGGACGAGCCCAAUCCAGGCGAUGUCUCUCCUAUCGACGAUACCCCAGACAUGUCUCAACUCGCCAUAGACCCUCGUGGUCAACCAAUCAAUGAAGCUCGCACCAAAAUUCCAGCCGCCCGUCGCGAGCGUCGGAAGAAUUCGGAUGCUGCUAUGAAUGCUCUUCGAGAGGCCAAGUCUCGCGAGAGGCUGAAGCAGCAGCAACGGCCAUAUGGUCAAGAUGUACGGUGGAACCCGAGGACAGGAGAACCUACUACGGAUUCGAAGGGUACACCAUCACAGACGAACCCGCAACAGUACGCCCAGGGUCUUGCUGGUCGCCCAGGCUCGGUAUCUCCUACGCCGGUUAAGCCAGCUAACCAAGGCCCCAUUUCCUUCCGUGACCAGUUGCGUCGAGUACAACAGCCUAACUCUAGUACACAACCUGAGCCAACUCCGAGACCAGCAUGGCGAGGUGCUAGUGGACGAACAACACUGGUUGCACCUGUUAACGACACGAAAGACGUGGCCCCUUUAAAGAUCCCUCGCAGAAGUAGUAAACGGGCUGCUCGUGACACUGGUGGCCUAUCCCGUAUUGAUUCUGUCGAUUCUGAACUUACUCCCCAGCCACAAUCACCGAACAUUCAAGUCACAAAUCCUAGCGCUGAUCUGCAUACGUAUCCGAGCCCACCUCUCUCAGACGAUAAUACGGCCGGAAAUCAUCGCCAGCAAUCUCUACAAGUCCCGUCUAACAACAAAGCAGUUCGUAGGAAGCCGACGGGAACCCCUAGCCACCAGCACCACCCGUCAACCUCCUCAUCCGUAUACUCCCAGCCGGAAAUACCCCCUGCCCAAGCACCACCUCCUGACACAUCCUUAGAAGGUUGGACGCAACCCCCAUCUCGCUUCAGCGUCACCACACAUGCUACGUCAGACCAAUCAACUCAUGGAGAGAGUAUAGAAGAGGGCACGCCGGCGGUACCUACUCCUCAAGAGCCCUCGAUUCUUGCCCGCAAACGCCCGGUAGUUUCAGGCUACGAAAACUCCCCGCGAAGUAGCCCCGUCGAACCCGUUAAGAUUAGCCUAGAUUCAUACUAUAUGACAGGAGCUGGAGGAAAUGGCAAAGACACCAGCACCACCGGCAAAACCAAUGUCAAGAAAAAGGCGACGAAUAACGUUGGCCUCCAGGAUAAUAGCUCGAAGCUCACCAUCAUAUCCGUAGCAGAUAAGUCCCUCCCCCCAGCUCCACCCGAGACGCAGUCGUUAGAAGCUCGGGAUCGUGUGGCCCAGCUAGACGCGCGGCUAAGGGCGCUGGGUAACCGUCGCAUCAACCUAAAUACGGCGAUCAAGCAGAUGACGGAGCUGAUGCCGACAGACCACAUCCUGGCGAGCGACGCGGUGGUACGACGACGCGAGGAGGAGAAACGUAAAGUAGAGGCGUUGCGACUCGAGCUGGCUGAUGUUGAGCGCGAGAGCUACGAACUGGGACUGAAAUUGCACCGCGCUUAUAAGAGACUGGAUCGCGACGCGGAGUAUGAGCCGACUACGUUGUGGGUGAGGAGAGUUACGGGAUAGGAUAGAGGGAGUAGGAAGAAGAGACGGGAAACUAAAGGGACAAGAGCUAUUGGCAGGGUGUAAGGGGAAUGGCGCUGGUAGCGAGCGACAUUUUCCACCUAUCGUGUGAGAGAGAAGCAUCGGAUUGCUCAUAUCUUCUAAUACGACACUCCAUGAUCGAUGCGGAACCAAGUUGUUGGCCCAUUUUCCCGCC